AACACUAAUAUCCCAUCCAUAAAUUCUCACCCAUAUUCCCAGCCCCUCAAAUGCAUUCUAAAUGUUAACCAUCACCGAUGCCGACCCAAACCAGCUGCCGGAGAAGACCGAACCGGAUGCAGCGUCCCCACGAGUAUUGUCAAUCCUAUCUUUAGUCCUCGAAAGAUUGGUGAACCGUAACGAGAUGUUGAACUUAAGUAGCGGAGGGGGGCGGCUUGGGAAGAACUUGGAGGUGUUUCAUGGCAUUAGACCACCCGCAAUCACCAUACCGAAGUAUCUAGACCGGAUAUACAAGUAUACGAAUUGUAGCCCGGCGUGCUUCGUGGUCGGGUACAUAUAUAUAGACCGGUUGGUUCAUAGACACCCGGGUUCGUUGGUGGUGUCACUAAAUGUUCAUAGGCUGCUUGUUACAAGUAUUAUGUUGGCUGCUAAGAUUCUGGAUGAUGAGCAUUACAACAAUGCGUUUUAUGCUCGAGUUGGGGGAGUAACGAAUGCUGAAUUAAACAGGCUCGAAGUAGAGUUCCUUUUCAUGUUAGAUUUUGAUCUUACGGUCACCUCUCGAGUUUUCGAGAGUUAUUGUUUGUAUUUAGAGAGGGAAAUGAUAAUGUGGAAUGGUACGAAGUUGAAGAUUGAAAGUGGAAAUCGUGCAAACACCAUAGAAGAUAUUGCCGAAAUUUCGGUAGAAGACAUGGAAAGUUUUUCUUCAUCACUCUCCAAUGGGGGUCUUGCAUGAUCACUUUGAUUUAUAUUCUUAUGUUAUAACUUUGAUAACUACAACACUAAAUGUGAAAAAUCAAUGUAUACCCAAGUUUGAAUUUUAUUGUAUGAUUCUUUUUGGAAAUAUUUUCCAUGUAUUUUACAAAGAAAUCUUAUUUAAAUUA